AUUAAAAGCAACAAAAAAUGAAAGAACCACAAUAAAGACAGACACGAUUUUAAUCUAAAGCAGAACAAUGUGGAAUAUGCUAUAAUUCAAUAGAAUAAUAAGUAACUGAAAUAAUUAUGUUAAGGGAUACAUAGAUAGUUGCAAUCACUCAUUUUGCUUAACCUGCAUUCAAAAAUGGUCAAAUGUAUAUUAAUCCAUUAAAAGUAGAUCGAGAAUACAUGUCCCCUAUGUAAAUAGAAGUUCACAUAGAUUGAAUAGAAAUGGAAAAGAGUAUUUUGUAAAAUUAUUUAGGUAUUUUAUAAGAGCCGUAAGAUAUCGAAGUAAAAAUGUAGAGAGAAUAAGUAAAUAAUUAAAAUAUAAUUAGAAUUUUUGUGAAAGACAAAAGCCAAUCUCAAAAGGAGGAUCAUCUAAAUGUUUUACUUGAACUAUUGAUUGAAUUCAUUUUAGCUGACAGUAUAUAUAUCAUUUACGCUUUAGUUAAUGAUUGA